UUCCCCCCGCUAAUGGUUCCGGCCGCCGGGGGACGGUAACCAUGACGGCGCGCGGGACCCCGAGCCGCUUCCUGGCUAGUGUCCUCCACAACGGGGUGGGCCGCUACGUGCAGCAGCUGCAGCGCCUCAGCUUCAGCCUCAGCCGCGACAAGCCGUCGUCCCUGGGCGCCAGGCUCCCCAGGGAGUUCGUGGAACGGGAGGUGACCGACUUCGCCCGGCGGAACCCAGGGGUCGUCAUCUACGUGAACGUCCAGCGGUGCUCUGCGCCAACGGUAGUGGCCGAAUACCUGAACGGGGCUGUGCGCGAGGAGAGCGUCCAGUCCAAGUCGGCCGACGAGAUCGCCGCCCUGGUGCAGAAGCUGGCGAGCCAGUCGGGUUUGGACGUGAUCCGCAUCCGCAAGCCCUACCACACCGACACCCCGAGCAUCCAGGGCCAGUGGCACCCCUUCACCAACAAGCCCACGAAGCCGGGCAGCCUGCGCCCCCGAGAGCUCCAGGGCCCCGGCCCGGCCCACGUGCAGGCACAGUGAAGCGACCGCACCCACCUGGCUCUCGCGGCGGACACGUGCUCCUUCCUCUUUCCACUGAGGGAUUCCAGGCCCCGAAGGAGGAAUGGGCACACAAGCUUUUGCCCAUUUAUGGUGCCCACCGUUAGGGGCAACGAUGCCCCUGGUUGCUGUCCAGUUGACAUCCCUCUGAAACCUGACUCUUUAAGGGUUUUAGAGGGUUUCCAUUUCUGAAAUCUAAAUUGAUGAUAGUAACUUCAAAUCACAGCGAAGGGUUUCAAAGCUGUGAUUUUAUCUCUGUACUGUUUCUGCAACCUUUGAGCUAGAGGAAGCUGGCUCCUUACACACUGACUGCUGUGAGGCUGGCAUUGGGCUAGGCAGUUCCUAUUUGUGUACUAAUAAAUUUGCCCGUAGCCAUGUUUA